AUGACGCUCCUCGCGGGUCUCGGCGAAGCAUGGUCAACGGUGAUUACGAUGUUGGAUGGGACGCAAGAUACAUGGAAGAAGGAGCAAGUGGUGGCACGCCUCAUCAACGAAGAGGCGAGGCGUACGAAAUUGCAUGGCGAUGCAAUCGGCGCGGCCCACUUCUCCCGCGAUGCGAAGGCGAAAGGGACGAGUCACUUCAAGCGGCGCAACGACGGCAACAACCGCGGGAGCUCGAGCGGGAGCGCGGCGGCCUCAAGCUCAUCACGUGGAGGAUCGGCCAACGCCAAUCGAGCUCGGACGCGUGACGGAGCUUGUCGUUUUUGCAAGAAGACCGGACAUUGGUGGCACGAAUGUCCCGUCAAGCCGGCAAAUUGGAAGCCGUCAAGCGACGACAACCGGCGCGCGCAUGUGGCGACAUGCAACAACAACGACCGGGAGUUCGUCUUCGUCGCAAGUGGAACAACCGUCGGUGGUGUUGACGCGUGGAUACUCGACACGGGUGCUACUCAACGCAUGAUGGCGUGUGCGACGCUUCUCAACAACGUGACAACGGAGGCUCCCGUUAAGCGCGUGAUGUUCGGCAACCGUGACACGUUGGACGUCACGGGACAAGGCGACUUGCGGCUCAUGGUGGACGGCGGUCCACUCACCAUCAAGAACGUCUUGGUGGUUCCCGGGCUCGGCGCCAACCUCCUCUCCGUUUCUCAACUCGCACGCAAGGGGAUGCGUGUGAACAUCGAAGGGACCAUGAUGGCGUUGAGCGCGGCGGAUGGCGUACACAUCGGCACGGCACGCCAAACGGGAGGACUCUUCAUGCUCGAUGCCCUCCCAAGUGUGGCGACGGCUCAAGCGGCUACCUCGACAACCACUCUCAAAACGUGGCAUAAUCGAUUUGGCCACCUCCACAACGACGCUAUUCAAGCUAUAGCAACGAAGGGGAUUGUCAACGGCUUGGAGUUUGUGCGCUCGAGUGGAGAUGAUGAGAAGUGUGUCGAGGCGGUUACGUUGGCAACUUGGAUUCGCAACCAGUGUGUGACCAAGGCGUUGCCCAACAAGACGCCUCUUGAGGCUUGGAGCGGUACGAAGCCGGACGUCACCGACCUUCGCACGUUUGGGUGUACGUGCUACUACCAUGUCCCGGAUGCUACACGGACCAAGCUCGAGGCUAAGGCGCGGGUGGCGAUGUACUUGGGACCGAGCGCGGAUCACAAGGCGUGGUGUGUGUGGGACUUGGAGCACGGGAAACUCGUGGUGUCGCGCGACGUGGUGUUCUACGAAGACACCUUCCCCUCCAAGUCUACGAACGUGCCCUCGGUCAUCAUCGUCCCUCCACCCUUGGAUGCCGCGGAUGAGGCGAAUGAAGCUCCUACGUCUCCUCCUCCUAGUGCGAGUGAGGGGGAGAAUGGAUCGGGUGCGGUUGGAGUGAGUGAGGAUGAAGGAAAUGCUAAGGAACGUGACCCUUUGUCUCCUCCUCCUCGUAUCACUCCCACCCUCGCAUCCACUCGCACUCGAAGGAACCCUCAUCCCAACUCCAAGUUCAAUGACUACUCUCUCGUGGCGGGGGACGAUGAGGGAGGGGGAGACGCUAUGUGUCUUGAGGCGUACACCGACACCCCGUCCACCUACCACGGCGCCAUGAGCUCGGCGGAAGCGGCGGAAUGGGAACGUGCGCUUCAAGAGGAGUACGAUUCACUCAUGGCGAACGACGUCUACGAGCUUGUCCCCAUGCCUCCCGGCGCCUACCUCGUUGGCUCUCGUUGGGUCUUCAAGAAGAAGCUCGGCCCCAACGGAGAAGUGGAGCGGUACAAGGCGCGGUUGGUGGCGCACCCUCUUGAACUUUGCAACCCUCUCGCUCUCCCUUCGUCGCCUGUGAUCGCCUCUGCGAGUUCAAAUCCGCACUCCCUCUACUCACCCUCAUUCAUCGCUCUCUAUUCUUCGCUUUCAGCUCUCUCCGGUACUUCUAGCUUCACACCCGAGGCUGCAACAGCAAGCAGUGUUCCCUCAAAAAUCGUCACUGCUAGUUCUACCGCUCGGUUUCGGCCGCACACUUCAGCAGACCCGUCGGUAUUCUCGAGCGUUCUUCCUCGGAUGGCCGUCGAUUCCGUGAGUGCAUGCUCCUCGUCGUCAGCUGAGCACCCGUCGUUCGCGGAAGUCCUGAGCAUCUGGAGGAACCGCGAAGCGGUUAAGCCGUCCCGCGUGCAAGUUGAAGUGCCGCUGAGAUCCGCGACUGCAUGCGCGGCGCCUUGUGAGGCUACUGUUGAAGAAGUUGAAGCGACUGUGGAGUCCGCUGUUGAGUCGCCUUCGGAGUCGACUUGCCAGGCGAUUCCCGAGGAGAUCUCCACUUGUGAAUCGGCCCAGCUGCAAGUGACGCUGAGCUCCGCGACUGCUGAAGAGAAGGAGGAGACGGAGGAGGAUCUGAGGAGUGACUGCGCUGGCAGCGACGACAGCAAUGAGACGAUUUCCGUCAGCUUUUCUGUCAGCAACAGCAGCGUCACGAGUUACAGCACAAGAGCGCGUGUGAAUGUGGAUGGUGUGGAGGGGAAGGCUUGGAAUGCACGUGGGGGUGCUGUGACCAACCAGAAGCCCACAGCAAGGAGCAUGAGGCAGCAGCAGGAGAGAGAGCAUGCUGUGAAGUGCAGAGAAGGAGCGAAGCUGGCAGCACCACCAAGGCAGCAGCAAGACCUUCUUGGAGGUCUUGAAGCUGCUGGCGCCACUGAAGCAAGAACAGGGAAAUAUUUAUCUGUGGAGGUACAGAACAGAAACAUCUCCAAUAGCUAG